AUGCGUGGCGAGAAGGAUCGUCUCAAUAACAAUAACAAUGCCGAUAAUCAGGGCAAUGCAAAUAACCAGGACAUUCUGGACAAUGCUCCAAAUGCUAAUGUGGCCAUACCACGUGUUGGAUAUUUCAACAAUCGUGCUGUGUUCAAUGCUGAGCAGGAAAACUUGCUUGUCAAUUACCUCCUGAAGGCUUCUGGAUUGUAUUAUGGAUUAUCCAUGGAUGAAACUAGAAAACUAGCUUAUGAGUAUGCCAAUAGACUAGGUGUGGAAAUGCCACCAUCAUGGAUUGAAAACGAGAAAGCUGGUAAGGACUGGCUACAAGGAUUCAUGAAGAGACAACCAGAGAUUUCUUUGAGAGCCCCCGAGGCAACAUCCCUGAGUCGUGCCACUAGUUUUAAUAAGUACAAUGUUGGCAAAUUCUUCGAUAACCUGCAGUUGGUUAUUGAAAGGGAAGGUUUCACCCCAGAAAAGAUCUUCAACCUGGACGAAACUGGAUGUACUACCGUCCAAAAGCCUGACAAGGAUCACUUCAUCAAUGGAGCACCACCUGGCACAGUUGGUGCAGCUCAUCAAUCAGGAUGGAUGACUGAGUUGAACUUUCUUCAGUUCAUGAAACACUUUGUCGCACAUGUCCGUUGUUCUCCUGAGAACAAGGUUUUAUUACUUCUGGACAAUCAUGACUCGCAUAUCAGCAUUGAGACACUGGAUUAUGCAAAAGAAAAUGGCAUAGUGAUGCUUUCGUUUCCCCCACACUGCUCUCAUAAAUUGCAGCCGUUAGACAGGUCUGUGUAUGGGCCCUUUAAGAGGUACUACAAUACAGCUUGUGAUGGAUGGAUUACAGAGAACAAGGGGAAGACGAUGACAAUUUAUGAUAUUCCAGCUCUGGUAGGAAAGGCAUUUCCUAGGGCAAUGAUACCCACCAACAUCCAGUCUGGAUUCAGGAGGAUAUCAGACCUUUCAAAAAAGCUGAACCGAGAAAGAGAAAGGCUGGUAGAAAACCAGGGAUAA